GAGAGUCAUAAAACAAGCCCGGAACAGCGACAGUGACAGCGUGCAGCUCCGGCGCCCGUGCGCUAUCCUCCCUCUCACUCACCGCCAACAUCCACACCAAUGCACGCGCUCACCCAUCUCCCCGCGAGACCGCAUCGCCACGCAGCGUUGUUUUCCAGGUUUCUUUUCUAGCGGGUCUCGCGUCUCUUUAUCUACUUUGAUCCUGGACAAAGCCACACAAAUAAAUUCACCAUCAAGCUUCUGCAACGAGUUUUAAUUUUUUUUCGAACCUGAUCUGAAUGACGGGCGGACGGUUUGACUUCGACGAUGGCGGCACAUAUUGCGGUGGUUGGGAGGAUGGAAAAGCCCACGGACACGGUAUCUGCACGGGCCCCAAGGGCCAGGGCGAAUACUCCGGGUCCUGGUCUAACGGCUUCGAGGUAGUUGGCGUGUACACCUGGCCAAGUGGAAAUACGUAUCAGGGCUACUGGGCGCAGGGGAAACGCCACGGGCUUGGCGUUGAGUCGAAAGGGAGGUGGCUCUAUCGGGGAGAGUGGGCUCAUGGAUUUAAGGGACGAUACGGGGUUCGACAAAGCCUAAAUACACCUGCUAGAUACGAAGGCACUUGGAGUAAUGGUCUGCAGGAUGGAUAUGGGGUUGAGACCUACGGUGAUGGCGGCACGUUCCAGGGCCAGUGGAUGGGCGGCAUGCGGCACGGCUACGGCGUGCGGCAGAGCGUGCCCUACGGCAUGGCCACGGUGAUCCGCUCGCCGCUGCGGACCUCGCUGGCGUCGCUGCGCAGCGAGCAGAGCAACGGCUCCGUGCUGCACGAGCAGCUCUCCGACAGCCCGGCGGGGACGCGCGGCGGCUUCGUGCUCAACUUCCACAGCGACAGCGAGCUGGGCGGCUCGGGCAAGAAGAAGGGCCUGUUCCGGCGCGGCUCGCUCUUCGGCAGCCUGCGGCAGCUGCGCAAGUCCGACUCGCGCUCGUCCAUCUCCAGCAAGCGCAGCUCGGCGCGCAGCGACGCCACCAUGAGCCGCAUCAGCUCCAGCGACGCCAACUCCACCAUCAGCUUCGGCGACGGCGACGUGGCCGACGACUACCUGCCGUCCGAGGACCACGUGGACGCCACCACCACCGAGGCCUACAUGGGCGAGUGGAAGAGCGACAAGCGCAACGGCUUCGGCGUCAGCGAGCGCUCGAACGGCAUGAAGUACGAGGGCGAGUGGACGAACAACAAGCGCCACGGCUACGGGUGCACGAUAUUCCCCGACGGCACCAAGGAGGAAGGGAAGUACAAAAAUAACGUUCUGGUGCGGGGCAUCAAGAAGCAGCUCAUUCCGCUCAAGAACACCAAGACGAGGCAGAAGGUCGACCGCGCCGUGGAGGGAGCCAUCCGGGCAGCUGCCAUCGCCAGGACUAAAGUGGAAAUAGCCACCUCAAGGACGUCCCAUGCCAGGGCCAAGGCAGAGACUGCUGACCAGUCUGCACUGCAGGCCAGCCAGGACUCGGACAUCGCCCGGGCAGUGGCUCGCGAGCUCUCCCCCAACUUCCAUCAGCCAGGCCCCGACUACAUCAAACAGAGGUUUAAUGAGCCAGUGGAGAUUAAGGAGGCCCCAGAGGAGAAGAAGGAGAAGUCCCCGUCGGGAAGCCCCCACUUCUACCGCAAAGGAACGACCCCCACCCACACCCCAACUCACAGCCCGGGGCCCACGCCUCCCCCCUCCCCGCCGCCCCCCACCAAAAAGAAGUCCUUUUUCAGUCGAAAACAAGACAAUAAGACGCCGGAGGCCGUCGUCACGGGCAUCACGAAGGCCGCCUCCAAGAUAUCAGUAAAGCAGGAAACAGCGCCGGAGGUGGCGGCGCCGCAGCCAGCCAAGCCUGCCAAGUUAGCGCUGCCGGUCGCCAACGCCCACAGUAGUCCCGGCAACGGCGAGCUGCACACGGAGUACCACGGCUACAAGGUCAAGGCCGAAGUGAUGAUCCCACCGGACCCCCCGGAGAUGGAGAUGGAGCUGGAUAUGGUGGAGCCCCCCACACCACCCCCCGUGAGGCAAUACAGAGCACCCACCCCCAAGCCCACGGCCCUCAGAGAGAGCAAGUCGGAGCCAAAACUCAAGAAGCAGGAGUCGUUGAAGCCAAAGAGCCUAUCCGAAACCAAGAAAGCCAGCCUGGAGAUUGCCACCGACAGUGUCGAGCAAGACUCGGGCCCUAAUUCAGUUCUGGUUAUCCUUGUGAUGCUUAUAAAUGUUGGUUUAGCUAUUAUUUUCGUCCAUUUCCUAACCUGACAGAAGAUCAAACAGUGACCUCAUGAAAACUAGUGGCAUAGGCCCCUAAUUCUCUGCAGUUACGUCGACGGCCUUAAAAACAAAAUGGCGGCAGGCAGACUCAGACUCAGGCAAAGGACUGGACGACUGGACUUAGAGCGAAACAGAAAGAAGGAAAAGAGAGUGUGUGUGUGAGAGAAAGAGAGAGGACGAGAGAAAGAGAAGACACCUGGAGCAGUUGGGCCAGAGAUUUUCCCAACAAUCUCUCUGGUUAUGAUUUGUGUCUCCCUUGGUGCCCGCACGAGAGCUGAAGGAAGCAGAUGUUGGGGAGAGCCAAAAAUGAAAAAAUAAUGAUUAAAAAAGGAAAAAGAAAAAUGAAGAAAAAAAAAAGAAUCAUGAGUUAAUAAAAGACAGAAAAAAAGAGAAUUCUGCUGAUCCAAGCCAGUACCCGGUCAAGUGCAUGGCCCCUCCAGUGGCGCUUUGAGAAGGGGGUGGGGGUGGGGGCGAGAUAGGGGCGAGGGCUUAACUGGAUAUGUUCGGAGAUGCACUUUUAGAUGACAGAAGCUAACAGCUGCCUUACUAUUUUGCCAUCUGACGUUUGCGGAGGGAGAUGUGCGGCGCUUGAGCUGCCAGAGUGUGUAUGUGUGUAUGUGUGUGCACACGUGUGUAUGUGUGUGUGUGACUCUGUCUGUGUGUGAGUGUGUGUGAACAGAGCUAACUGCCAUUCCUCUGUGGCAGAAUGUUUAGAUGUGUGUGUGUGUGUGUGUGUGUGUUUGUGUUUGUGUGUGUCUGUCUAUGUGUGUGUCUUUCUCUGUGUGUGUGUGUGUGUGUGUGUGUGUGUGUGUGUGUGUGUGUGUCUGUGUCU